CCGCGCGCUCCACCGAGAGGCCCCGCUUUGCGGCUGGCCGAGCCAGGAGGCGGCGAUCCAGGCUGGGCCGGGACUUCCUUCCUCCCGGGCGGGACAACAGAACCACCCGCAGCCAACACAGAGCUCCUGUCAACUUGCGGAGCUAGAGUGCAGCCAUGGGCUCCCUGCUGAGCAGCGACAGCUCCAAGUCCGCGCCCGCCGCCGCCCCUGGGACGCUGGAGCGCAGCGAGCACCCGGAGCUGCCCAUCACCUCCUUCGACUGCUCCGUGUGCCUGGAGGUUCUACACCAGCCGGUCCGGACUCGCUGUGGCCACGUGUUCUGCCGAUCUUGCAUUGUGACCAGUAUAAAGAACAAUAAUAAAUGGACAUGUCCAUACUGCCGAGCGUACCUUCCUUCAGAGGGAGUGCCCGCCACUGACAUAGCCAGGAGGAUGAAGUCAGAAUACCAGAACUGUACUGAGUGUGGGACUCUGGUUUGCCUCAGUGACAUGCGGGCGCACAUAAGGACAUGUGAGAAGUACACAGAUAAAUAUGGCCCACUACAAGAACUCGGCGAGACCACAGCAAGAUGUGCAUGUCCAUUUUGUGAGAGGGAACUGGAUGAAGACUGCUUGCUGGAUCAUUGCAUUAUCCAUCACAGAACCGAAAGGAGGCCUGUGUUCUGUCCGCUUUGCCGUUCACGACCUAAUGAAAGCCCAAGUACCUUCAAUGGUAGUUUGAUUAGACAUUUGCAAGUCAAUCACACUUUCUUGUACGAUGAUUUCAUAGGUUUUGGUAUAAUUGAGGAAGCCAUUAUUCGCAGAGUGUUAGACCGCUCACUUCUUGAAUAUGUGAAUCAGUCAAACACCACAUAAUUUAUAGGAAGGGGACCAUUCACUUGUACCAUUUAAGAUGCUGCUUGAAGGACUGGAGGAAACUGUCAAUGUUUGAUGGAGAAACAUGUACUGCAGUGUUAUACGCUUGUCCUUGUUACAUUACAUUCAAAACUGUUUUCAUUCUGGUUUAUAUAUGCAUUUAUGUUCUUGAGUUCAUUAGACAUUUAACCACAAGAAAGAGCCUCCAUCAGCCAUUAACAGAUGGAAGAGACACAACACAGGCUGGCUAUGUGAAGGAGGAGCUUCAUGUGUACAUUUGUAAUGCUGUGUAUGAUGCUACAUAUUCCCAACUAUCAUGGUUAAGCAAGAAAGCAAUCUCUGUUCUCUGUAAAGAGAUGGAGAAAAGAACAAAAUAUGGACAUUAAAGGAAAUCUGAAAUUUAUUCAAACUCUCAUGCUCUAAUCUCCAAUAAAGAACAUGAAUAAUCUUGUGAGAAAGAAGGAAUGGAAAGAAUUUGAAGUGACCAAAAUCCAAUUUAACCAAAUUACAGUACAUAAUACUGUAACAAAUUCUGCGUUUGAAGUGUGUUCUUAGCUGGGCAUGGAAGGGCAGCCUGUAAACCAAGUAUUCAGGAGGUGAGCAUAAGAGGCUCAGGAGUCCAAGGCUAGCCUUGGCUAAUGAGUUGGAUAAUGAGACCAUAAAAAAAA